UUUUUAUGUAUAGGUAAACUUUAUUAUAUUUUUAGAAAAUAUAAAAACAUGAGGAAAUAAUUAUAAUACCUUAAUACACAUUAGACGAACUUGACAAAAAAAAAAUGUUUUCGGUGCUAAAAUGCCGCGGCUUGCCUCGUUUAGGAAAAUAUUAUAGAAAUCGUACUGUUUGCUCAUGUCCAAGGAAACCCCAGCAUUUAAUAUGUUUCCUUCAGUGGAAUGAAGAUAUGGUGAUGAACAUAGUCUCAAGUGCUAUCACUUUGAAGGAGAGCUGUAAAUCAACGCACUUCCAGAGAUGGGACGUUCUAGAGAACUGUAAAGUGACGAUACUGAAAGAAGUGAAUGAGCCUAUACUCAGCCAGGCCGUGUCUAAAGCAGCGACGAUGUUGGGGGCGUAUGACAACACCAUCUGGGAACAUGUGGAGUGGGGCAACGACUACACUGGAAGGGUGCUCUCAACCAUGACGGACAUAAUCUUCGUGAGUACUCUAACACACGCGUGCGUGCAGCGGCUGGCGGCGCGCGCCUCGGUGCCGGUCGUGUGCAUGCGCUCGCGCACGCACGCCUCCGUGCAGGCGCUGGCCACCGUCAUGAGUGUUGUUGAAGACUUCGGCUGUAUGAGAGGCUUGACGGUGUCAUAUCUGGGGCCCCCUCACCCGGUCCUCAACUCGUAUCUUCUUCUCUGUCCGAUGCUCGGUGCAAAUAUUAAAUUCAAAUGUUGUUGUCAGAAUAAGCCUAUUAGUCCCCUGCUUUACAAAGAGAGUGAAAAAAUGGUUGAAACCACACAAACAAUCUCUAGGUCAUGUACUGCUAUACCCGAAUUGAUAGGCGGAGCAAAUGUGAUAAUUGCUGGGUCAAGGGGGGACAAAGACACUCAUCCAGAACUUACUGUUAGAGAGAAAGAUAUUACAAGAAAUGCCAGUAAGCAAUGGAUUUUUAUACACAGUGACCUACGGGGACUAAAUCCUGAUGACACUUUGGUCACUCACACCAACACUAGGACAUUCAAUACUUUUAAUAACUACCAGUACAUAGCCGCAGCGUUGAUGGCUUUCACAGUUAAAAACUUCAAGUUUUGAUGAAAUUUUAAAGUAAAAUUAAAGUAUUGUAUUUGUUUUAUAAAUCUAUUGUAAUAUUGUUACUAUCUACAAGUCUUAAAAUUAAAUAAGAUGCUUAUCUACUA